AUGGCUACUAGACUCCAGCACCACGGUGAGGUGCGAGCUCGCCGCUGGAGGCCUGCCAUCGGUCCCUCGAGGAUCCGGAUGAACAGGCACCUACUGGCCAGGAGGGCCACACUCUGUCCUGAAGGUGAGAGAGAACAAGUCAGCAAGGAGAGUCAUCACAAGAGCGACUUGAGAAAACCAAAGGAAAACUCACUGGCAGGCCAAAGAAGACGAAACAUCGGGAAUGGGAAAGUCUUAGUCGGAUUGCCCGAGUGA